AUGUCUGGUGCAAAGCAAGGCAUGUUUUGUUUAUUAUCCUCUUCUUUUUUUUCAGGUAGAAACAGUGUUCCUGAUCUAGAAAACAUCCAGAGUUCUCAACAUGAAAGUCAGAAAAUGAGGGGAGAGUUUCACGGUCAUUUAGAGAAGAGCAUUCGUCCGUACAUUGAUCUGAUUGACACUCUGCGGUCAUUUGGCAUUCACAAGGACUUGGCAUUACCGACUAUUGCAGUGAUUGGAGACCAGAGUUCUGGAAAAAGCUCUGUGUUGGAAGCGCUGUCUGGAAUUGCCCUACCAAGAGGGAGUGGAAUUGUCACCAGAUGUCCACUAGAGCUGAGGCUGAAGAAGGUAACAGGUGGAGUCAGCUGGAAGGCUUUUCUUUCUUACCGUACGAAAAGAAUUGAAUUUGUAGAUUCCUCAUUAGUUGAAGGACAUGUUGAAAAAGCCCAGAAUGAGCUGGCAGGAAGAGGGGUAGGAAUAUGUGAUGAGCUCAUCACUUUAGAGGUCAUGUCACCAAAUGUGUGUGACCUCACACUGAUUGAUCUACCUGGAAUUGCCCGAGUCCCAGUAAAAGGACAACCAGAGGAUAUUGAAAAGCAGAUCAAAAGUCUGAUAAUGAAAUUUAUUGGGAAACAAGAGACUAUAAACAUGGUUGUGGUCCCUUGUAACACUGACAUUGCAACAACAGAAGCAUUGAAAAUGGCACAAGAAGUAGAUCCUGAGGGCAAAAGAACUCUUGCCAUUUUGACCAAGCCAGACCUCAUAGAUAGAGGAACAGAGAAGAACAUUCUGCACAUUGUUCACAACAAAGUGAUUCCUCUCCGCAAAGGUUACAUCAUGGUGAAGUGUAGAGGACAACAGCAGAUCGAUGAGAAAAUUUCUCUGGAGGAAGCAGCACAAAUGGAGAGAGAUUUCUUCCAAAACCAUCCCUUUUUCAGAUGCCUCUUGCAAGAGAAUAAAGCGACUAUUAAAGGUCUUGCCAUCAAACUGACUCAGAAUCUGGUUGAUCAUAUCAAAGUAGCUAUGAAGAGCAUGACGGAGGACAUAGUCUCAGUGAUCGAUGCUAAGAUCUCAACGAGAACUAAAGAAAAGACAAUAGAGGACAUCCAGAAAUACAGAGGGAGGGAAUUGCCUGGUUUCCACAACUACAGAGUUUUUGAGAUGGUUGUGCAGAAUCAAGUGGCCACACUUAAAGAACCAACCAUUGACUUACUCAACACCAUCAAAGGUAUCAUACUCAAGCAAUGCACUGAUGUAGCCGAUCAAUGUUUCAGGAACUACCCUCUUCUUCAAAGUAUCACUAAGAACAAAAUUGAAAACAUUCAGUCAAGUCAGGAAGCCAAGGCGGAAGAGAGUAUCUCAGAGCUGUUUGAAAUGGAAAAAAUGAUCUUCACUCAAGAUCCCAUCUUCCUCAAGAUCUUGAGUGUGAUUAGUGGCGAGCAUUAUUCAGAAGAUCAGUUACCUAUCUUUGACAAAAAAAGCAAGUACAGUGAAAUGCUGCAGGCUUAUUAUGCGGUUGUGGUGCAGCGGAUGGCUGACCACCUACCCAUGAUGAUCUCCUUUUUCAUGCUAAAGCAAAGUGCUCAACUCCUGUCUGCUGACAUGUUGAGUUUACUGGAAAAACCAGAUGUGCAUGAGCUCCUGUCUGAGGACUCUGAUGUCAGCAAAAGGCGCAGAGAACUACAGUCUUGCCUGAACCGUUUGACUGCUGCACAGGAGACUAUGAGCAAGUUUGAAGGAUAUACUGACUAG